AUGCUCAAAGUCACUCUCCUUCUCACCGUUCUCGCUGGACUUGCCUCCGCCCACCAGAACUUUCACCAGCUCUGGGUAAACGGUGCCACCACUGGGUACGAAAAAUGCAUCCGUAUGCCCCCUUCCAACAACCCCGUGACCGAUGUCACAAGUAACGACAUAACCUGCAACGUCAACGGGAAUGCCACCCCGUUCACCUCAGUCGACGUAUGUACUGCCAAUGCUGGUGACGAGAUCACAGUACUGUGGGAUUUGUCGUCUCACCCGGGCCCGAUCACACACAUGCUUUACGGGCCGGUGUCAGACGCACAAAGUGCGACGGGUAUUGGAAGCUGGACCAAGAUUGAAGAGACGGACCAGGUUGAUGGAGUGUGGGCGAAUGUUAUUAUGGAGGGCAAUGGUGGAAUGCAUACGUUCACCCUGCCAAGCAAUUUGGCUAGCGGAGAUUAUCUGUUGCGUUCUGAGAUGGAGGCUUUACACUCAUCCACAACUCUGGGAGGAACUCAGUUCUACAUUGGCUGCGCUCAACUAAGAAUCACUGGACCAGGAGGCAGCUGUUCUCCUACCAUUACCCUUCCAGGCGAUUACCAGGCUUCUGAUGACAACAUUUAUAUCUCCGACUUCUACUACGGCUUUGAUGCAGCCACUUUCACGGCCCCUGGAGGCCCUGUAGCUACUUGUACAUAG